AUGUCGCAGCAAGCACGUCCAGACCUGCCACGAAUGGCGAGCUCAUCUGAAAAUGAAGACGAGGCUGGGGAUAGUGAUCUGCUUGAGGACGAGGAGGGUCCGCUCGACAUUGACUACGAUGCGAGUAGCUUGCUUGCACCAAGCAUAAGUCGUGCUCAAUUGGAUAUGAAGUCUCCAACUACUCCAGCUGCUAUCAAAGCUCAAGCUUUGGAUGCUUCGAAGGAUUAUUUCGACAUAGAUUCUAUUGAGAGGGACCAGAUUGAAGACGAAGUACUGGAAGACAACUCUGCUUCUGAUCAGGUCACUCCUACCGCGUCUGAACCUACACGCAACAUCGAACAUGUACCGGAAAUUCCACCGUCACCGUCUCCACCACCUGUCGCCAGUAAGAGCAAUCAAGAACGAUCUGAUAAACCAGAUAAGCGGUCGUCGUUCGUCAGCUCAAUACUCGGAUCUGCGACGAAUGGAACAAGGCAUCGAUCGUCUUCAGGCUCGAGUAUGGUCGAAAGUUUCAGGAAGAGGCUACCAGGAUUGUCAUCAUUCAAUUUACCCAAAUUCUAUGGCUCCAGUGAAACUGAAGAACGAGUUCUCAGCCCUGCUGGUCCGGGUGUGGUCGCUCCGAGUACAGCAACACUUCGACCUGGACAAGCACAAAUGGAGAAACAGCGAUCCGAAGGCGGCACUACACGCGCAACCCCAGUGGUAAUAGGCUCAUCGAAACAUGCGCAGCUAGAAGCUGCUGCAAGGGCCAGCACGAAUUCACAACCAAAGCAAAGUCUGCUACGUCGAUCUACUUCAGACCAGUCACUAUACUUGCGGAAGAGUGUGACAGGUGCAGCUGAUUUUGAUGACUACACUGCUUUCGCUGAUCAGUCCGAAAUGGUCAAUUCUCGCUUCAAGGCUAUUACAGACAGCUUCCAAGAUUCGUCCUUAAGACGACCAAAGAGGCUGAAUAUUACUCGCAGCGCUGCACGAACAUCGCCUGCCAGGCCUGCAAUCAACGACGAUUCCGCGAGCCAGGACACAAUAAAUACUAACGGCACAAUACGUUCUUCCGAUCUGCAAAACAAUAAGCCUGGUGGGUCGAAGUCACAGCAUCCAUUUCUGAAAGACGCAUUGUCCCGUUUGACAGGUGACCUUGUGAUAAUGGGAGGCUAUAGAGGAAGCAUUCUUCGAGAAGCGGAUCCUCCUCAUCGUCAAUUGUGGGUACCAAUUAAAGUUGGCAUGAACCUCCGGAAAGCAGAUCUGGAAGUUGGCCUUAUAAGGGAAGACGAGCUGAGAAUGGGAGAGAAGAUAAUCGCUGAUGGUAGUCUCUCACAUAUUGGACCUGUCGAUAUUAGUCGCCGAUUGAUCAAGAAAUGCAGGAAGAACCUGAAUGUGCAGAAUGGUCGGCUCAGAGUGCAUGACUAUGGCUAUGAUUGGAGGUUAAGUCCUGAUCUGCUCAGCGACAGGUUUAUUUACUUUCUGGAAAAUUUGCCCUGUAAUCGGAAAGAGGUCUCUAUCCAUGAACGUGGUGCCUGGCUCGUAUCGCACAGCCUUGGCGGACUUCUUACGAGGCACAUUGUCAAUAAGCGACCUGAGUUGGUAGCAGGUAUAGUGUAUGCUGGUACACCACAAAACUGCGUCAACAUUCUAGGACCUCUGCGAAACGGCGAUGAUGUGCUAUUCAGCUCGCGGGUACUCACUGCGCAAGUCAACUUUACUUUGAGAACGAGUUAUGUUCUACUACCCCAAAACGGGCGAUGUUUCAUCAACAAGCAGACUGGUGAGCGAUACGAUAUUGACUUCUUUGACCCCAAGACGUGGGAUGAGUAUCGCCUAUCCCCUUGCAUCAGUCAGCCGUUAUUUCGCCGCAAGCCGGAAAAGAAGUCGAGCCUGAUGGAGUCGAUUAGCGAAGUCAUGUCGCAGCCUUCGAGGUAUAGUAUGUCAUGGUUCUCGUCCUCUACCGACGGGAAGACGAACAACGACAGUACAAAAGGCCCUCUGGAGCAGGUCAAAGACAAAGUAGAAGACGCAGCAGAUGAUGUGGAAGGUGCAGCUGAAGCAGUAAAGCCCGAAAGACCAUUAUCGCCCAGCAUGGGCGAUGGCUCGUCGCGUCACCACAAGCCUUCCGUGGCAACUCAAUCCACAAUACCACUUCCAGCAGCUACAGAAUACCUGUCCCGCACCCUCGCUUCUGUGCUGAAAUUCAAGCAAGAACUCUCACAUAAUCCCACCCUUCAAGCUCGCAAUGCUUAUCCACCUGUCGGGGUCCUCUUCUCCAAGAACACACCGACAGUAUAUGGAGCUUUCGUGAAGAGCAGAGAGGACAUAAAGUACGAUGAUGCUUUUGACGAGCUUGCCUUUGCAGCAGGAGAUGGUGUGGUACUUGCUAGUGCUGCUCAAUUGCCGGCUGGCUAUCGGUGUGUCAAAGGUGGUCGCGUUGAGAGUGAACGUGGCCACGUUGGUCUACUGGGCGACCUAGAAGGGGUGGGAAGAUGCCUAAUUGCAGUUUCCGAUGCACGGAAGAGGGGAGUUGGCCUGGGCGCCUGUUGA